AAACACAUGAUGAAGAAUAUGAGUGGGAAAUGGUACUCGGCAACAGCUGCACAUGUCUAUGGUGUCUCGAGCAAUCAUGGACGUAUGCAAGUGGGAUGGUCUGACAUGGUGAGUCAGAGGUUUCUGUGAACGUGGAGGACGAAAUUGUACACUGGGUGUUGGGGGCUGAUUGAAAAGCCACUUUUUUGGUGCCAGGAAAAGUUCUUGGUACCUGUGUGGCUUGGAUCGCACCGUCAGAGAGAUAGAGCAGCAACACAUAAUUUUUUUUUUAGGAUCAAAUGUAUUUGUAUUGUGGCGCGUGUGUGUAGGAUGUAUUGAGAGGGACCGCUUCGUACUCACCAGAAGCAAACAGGCUGCGUGAACUAGCUGCAUAUGCAUGCAUGAUGCAGUGACAACAUAGAAACCGUGAGCAUCUAGAGGUAUUGUUUGGGGUUUUCAGUGGCAAACAAUGGUGUCAUCCAUUCUUUAUAUUCCUCCCAUGGUGGCAGAAGGAACUCGGGAAGUGUGCUUGCAAAUGAUCAUCACCUGCAUUGACGGCAUUAUCGGCCAACCUGCACACCCUGUGACUUUUCUCUUGGUUCGGCAGAUGCUGGUUCUGUACAGGGAGGCAUGUUGUGCAUUAUUGGAUUGAUGUCAAAUGAUGGUUUCAAAUGAGGAGAGGUACAUUGGGUAGUCUCAGACUGGGUCCAUUUGCUGCCAAGCAGCCUGCAACACAAUUGUAAGGGAAGAUUUUGCAAUUUUC